AUGACGAUCAGCCGUAAGAGAUCCUUGCCUGGGGCUGAGGUUAUGGCUGAGGCGAAGCCGGGCUGUGACGAGCCUACGUCCUUCAUUGACUUUGACGAUACUCCGCCGUGCCGCGCUGAUGUCAUUUCGCUACCCAACGACUCAGAUGACCUCGAGACGCUCGCCGGAAAGAUUGGCGCUCUGGUGGGCGUCGUUUCCCGCAAAUCCAGCCUGGCCGUCUGGACGGCUUUCGCGGCGACGCCCAACCCCCAAAGGGACCCUUUCGCCAUCGCCAAGGCGGAUGCAGACGUAAGGGAGCUGCAGCAGUUCACCUGGUUCGAGGGGAACGGCCGCCGGAUACACACGCCCGAGCCGUUCGACGUGCUGAGAAACGUCAAGCCGCUGGAGAAGCAGAACAGCAAGACGGCCGCGCGGUACGAGGACAUGGCCUCGUGCGUCGACGAGGUCUUUGGGACCCAGGGCGCCACCAAGGAGAACGUGUGCUGGAUCGUGAAGAACCUGGACGCCGCGCUGCCCCUCAUCAAGUUCUACCUGAGGGUGAAGCGGGCGCGGAGGAACCUCCUCGGGGGCCAGGCGGCCCUGACGAGCAACGAGCUGGCCGAGUACCAGACGGUCCGCAAGAUCCGGAGCGUCCUGGGCGUGAGGCUGCAGAAGUGCCGGAUGGAUAAUGGCCCCGCCAAGCGGCUCAGGGAGUACGACGUCGUGCUGUUGCGGCGGCAGAACCUUACCUCGCCUAUUCUGAAGGGGCAGCGCGAGGAACAUGGGAGGACGGAGGCUGGACGGGACUGUGCCAAGCGACAACGUUGUGCGGUGUGA